UUUUAUUUUUUUAUUUAUUUUAUUACAAUAUACCAGGGACAUUACUAAAGCUAGGCAAGUCAACGGUUUACCUCGAGCUUAACGUGUUCGCCUUUGACAGCUUGUCGGCAGGUGGCGCACGGCGGAAGCAGUCUUCAGUUUAAGACGCAGCAGCACAGUGGUUUCACAGUCACAUCAGCUGUACAUGAGAGAGGACCGCUGACCUAAUUAACUCUACGAGGGACAACGACAACAACAACGACGUCGACACAACACAACACAACACACCAUAGCGACCGGAGGGACUGUCACUUUACUGGAACUCAACCAGAAGAAACUGCGUGGGACUUGGUGUCAUUACAGAGAAAGCUCCACCAACCUGUGUGCCUGGAAACCAACACUGAGCUAACAAGCGUGCUAUUGACUGCUGUGAGAGAGGAAGAGGAGGAAGAAACAGCCAAAAAGAGAGAGAGAGAGAGAGGGACAGGGAGAGAACCUCUCCAGAUAUAAGGGGGGUUUUGGUCACAGAGAUCAUUGUUUUGCAGAAGCUUCUCAAGGGAAAAGUAGCCAUUGAAAUGUCUAUAAUGGCUGAGCUGUCAUCAGCCCAGGUGACCAGGUGCACCUGAUCAUUACUGGUGCUGCUCAGUCAACACCAGCCUGUGGGCAUUUGUUGCGUAGUAAAAAACAUAUACAGUGUUGUAGAUUGAGGAGGAAAAAACGUGACCAAAUCCCACACAUUUUUUGUCUGGAUUAUUUUUACCCUGGAGCCUUUUUUUCCUGAUUUGGUCGCCUACCUAAAGAGGAAAACAAGCGCAGGAGGACUAAUGACUGUUUGUGGAUUUGGGAUUCACUGAACUGUUCAUAACAGCACUGAAGGACACUGCUGGGGCUCGAGCGUCUAUAUGCAGGAAUGCAGAUUCACAUAUGGAGGUUCACCAUACAGUGAGGUGUUUGAGCAGCUGAGCCUGUGAAGGUCCCGGAGGCGGCCAUGUUGGAUCUGUUACUCAGAGUGCUGGUGUUGACCCGUCUUCACCCGUCGCCUCACAGCACCUGGCUGCCAACAUAACUCCUCGCUCCCUCUCUCUUCCUGCAUCUUUUCUUCCAGCGCCUGGCCGGGAGAAAGACCCUUGGUCCCUGUGCAAAAUGUCCUUUGCACACCACAAGCUGCUCACCUGGAGCUUACCUCACCUCCUCCUCCUACCGCUGACCUACCUCUUGCUCUUGGCGUCUCCGACAGGUGUGUCAGCCAAUCUCUGCCGGGUGACUGGUGGGGUGCUGGGGAUCCACUGGAGCAGCGUCAUCAGCCUGGGUUGGCACUCUCUGGCCAAGGGUAGAGGCGGGGCGACAUGUUGGGAGUCCUGCUGCCUGAAUCCGAGCUGCAACGCCGUGUGGAGCCUCGGCGGGCAAUGUGUUCUCCUCCGCUGCAAGCAGAAUACGGGCUGCCCCAUCUCCAUUCUGCCCCAGCCCCACCAGGAGUCCCUUGGCCUCCUACAGCUGCUCUCAAAGAGUCCCGUCGUCACAGCAAGACGUAGAAGAGCUCUACAGGCACAGCAUGCAGGAAGCCACAAGCCGCAGGCUGGACAACUAACCACCGCGGAAAACUCCAAAGUGGAAGCGAAUAACCCAGCUCCAACAGGACCCAGCCACAUCGCGCUUCCUCAAACAGCCCAAAAGAACCUGAGCCAGUUAGCCAACGCGAGUGCAGACGUCGCUCCAGCUCCAUCACAGCAGAACUCAACGGACAUUGUCGAUACUGCCGCGUCUUCCAAUAGCAGUAAUGCCAGCACGCCAGUAACGACGGCGACUACAAUCAUCACGAUGCCAACACCGGCUGUGAGGGAGCUGGUGGUGUCAGCAGGAAAGAGUGUGGAGGUCACUUUGCCCCGCAACGAGGUCGAGCUCAACGCCUUCGUGGUGUCAACGCCCCCGCCAGGGACAAACUAUGAAUUCGACUGGCGUCUGAUAACACAUCCCAAAGAUUACAGUGGGGAGAUGGAAGGGAAGCACAGCGAGACACUAAAACUCAGCAAGCUGACUGUGGGCCUGUAUGAGUUUGAGGUGAUGGUGAAAAUGGAGGGGGCCCAUGGUGAAGGUUACGUCAAUGUCACAGUCAAGCCAGAGCCGCGGGUAAACAAGCCUCCUGUUGCCAUAGUGUCCCCAAAGUUCCAGGAGAUCUCCUUGCCAACGAGCUCCACGGUCAUCGACGGCAGCCAGAGCACAGAUGAUGACAAGGUGGUGGUGUGGCACUGGGAAGAGGUUAAAGGUCCCCUGAGGGAGGAGAAAGUCUCUACUGACACACCCGUUCUCACCCUCACCAACCUGGUGCACGGGAACUACACAUUCAUUUUGACAGUGACGGAUUCAGAUGGAGCCACUAACUCAACACAGGCCACCCUUUUGGUCAACAAAGCCAAGGACUACCGGCCUGUAGCCAAUGCCGGCCCGAACCAGGUCAUCCAGUUGCCACACAACUCCAUCACUCUGUACGGCAACCAAAGCACCGACGACCAUGACUCCCUUUCCUAUGAGUGGUCUCUCAGCCCUGAAAGCAAAGACAAGGUGGUGGAGAUGCAGGGCGUACGGACGCCGAUCUUGCAGCUAUCGGCCAUGCAGGAGGGAGACUACACCUUCCAGCUGACUGUGAUGGACUCCGCUGGACAGCAGGAAACUGCGCAGGUCACCGUCAUUGUGCAGCCAGAAAACAAUAAGCCACCAGUAGCAGAUGCAGGACCGGAGAAAGAGCUGACGCUGCCGGUUGAUAGAACCACGCUGGAUGGCAGUAAGAGCAAAGAUGACCAGAAGAUAGCCACAUACCACUGGAAACAAACCAAGGGUCCUGAUGGUGUGAAGAUUGAGAAUGCAGACAGUGCUGUUGCCACGGUGACCGGUCUUGAGGAUGGCACCUAUGAGUUCACCCUGACUGUAACUGAUGAGAGGAACCUGGAGAGUAGCGACGCUGUGACGGUCAUUGUCAGAGAAGAACUGGACCAGCCGCCAGUAGCUCAUGUUGUGUCGAGUCCACCCAUCGCUCUGCCUGUCAGAACCGGCACUCUAGAUGGAUCUCACUCCACUGACGACAAAGGUGGAGUCAGCUACCUGUGGACCAGAGAUGAUAGCAGCCCUGCUGCAGGGGAAGUACUGAACAACUCUGACCACCAGGCGGUGCUGUUUCUGGGAAACCUGGUGGAGGGGAAGUACAGCUUCACCCUGACUGUAACGGACAGUAAGGGACAGAUCAACAUAGACAGGGGCACAUUGGAGGUCAAACCAGACAUAUGGGAGCGUGACCUGGUGGAGUUGGUGCUGGAGGUCUCUGUAUCCCAGGUGUCCCACCGCCAGCGCGACAUGCUGCUGCGCCAGGUGGGGGUUUUGCUGGGCGUGCUCGACAGCGACAUCAUUGUUCGAGAGAUCAGUGCGUUUAAUGAGCACAGUACUCGUUUGGUCUUCCUGGUGUCAGGCGGUCCAGGGCGCCCUCCUCUGUCAGGCCGCAGCGUUGCACUUAGCCUACGCAACAAACUGCGCAAACAGAAGAAUGACUUUCUAAUCUACAAGGCCCGACGAGUGGAUACAGUCAUCUGUCAGCUGAACUGCUCGAGUCACGGCGAAUGUGACACUUUCACACGACGCUGUGUCUGCCACCCGUUCUGGAUGGAGAACUUCAUCAGAGCUCAGCUUGGAGAUGCAGAGAGCAAUUGUGAGUGGAGCGUUCUCUAUGUGACCAUAGCAUCCUUCAUGAUUGUAGUUGCUAUAGCGACAAUUGUCUGGGGGAUGGUGUGUUGCUGCAACAGGCGUAAGAGCAAAGUGCGCAGAAGCAAAAGCAGGUAUAAAAUGCUAGAAGCUGAUGAGCAAGACAGUCUGGAGCUACAACCACAUAGAGCUGCCCGCAUGAAGCCGGUGCCUGCUCCCACCUCUUCCGCCCUCAUGCAUUCAGACUCUGACCUGGACAGUGAGGACGGGCAGGGCGGGGUCCCGUGGACGGAGCAGGAGCGCGGGCAUCUCCUGCGGCCCCAGAACGGCUCCCUGAGGAACGGCCAGGGGCCGGUGAGGGCCAAGAAGCAAAGGGAGGAGCUGCUAUAGCAAGAGAGGAGGGGGGGAGCUCGCUGCUCGCCUCACACCCCUCGUCCAGCCGUCACGGACCCACUGUUCCUCACUCUUGCUGUUUCCCUUUUGUUGUUCUUCAACACAGAAACCUCACACCACUCAUCCAUGAAGACAGACUGUGUGAUAUCUGGAUUAAGGAAGGGAAAGAGAGGACGAACAUAUUGUCCCACUGUCACAGAAAUAGAAAACACCACUGUACUGACAUUUCCCUGCACCCACACUGAGCCACUAUAGGAGGAAAACAAGCUACCAUUUUGCUGAAAAAUAGGAGUGAUCACUGUGUUUUGAAUGGUGUAAAAAUAUACCAUAGACCCCUAUUAUUGAACACAGAGACAUGGAGAAUGUAUUGUUACCCCUCUAACUGAUGGCUCAUGAAGUAGCCUGAGUGACACCUGACUUUCGAUGACACGAAAACCAGCCACUGGACACGCUCACACCUUGCCUCUUGUAGACAUGCAUGUACUCACACAAAGAUGUCCUAUUCACACUGUUCCAAGUCAACAUGAUGCUACCAAACUGCCAUAUAAAAGCCAAUGGUUAACUGUGCACUGAUAGUUGUUGUUAGUGGCAAACCUGGUGAAUCGUCAGAAAGAAAAAACACAACCAAAACGGGAGCCACCAACAGCAAUGGAAAACAAAUAAGAAGAAAAAAGAACAUUUGCAUGAAGAGCUGCAUGUUUUUAUGUAUGUGUUGAUUUAUUCUGGCUGCUCUCUCAAAAGAUGUUUCUUCAGAGCAGUUUAUAUGUUUUUAUUUCUAUUGUUAACACAAGGUAAGUGAGGAGUCACAAUGUUGUAAGUGAGGGUGGUCAGAGGCAGGAGAUCCUUUAAAAAAAACAACACGCUUUUAUUUUGAAGGUUUCUCUGUCGAUGAAGUCGCUGGGACAAACCCUGGAAUACACAACGUUUAAUGAGUUUGGUCUCGAAGGGUGUAGAAGAUAAUGAGAUGUUCACAACACAACAAAUGGGACAGCUUCCUUAUUCACCUCAAUAUUAAUUAACUCAACAACUGCUUGAACCAUGAAGACCACUUAGUUUUUUGUAUGUUUGUUUUUUAACAACCUGAAGGCUGUGAUUAGAUGUUGAUGCACUUUGAUUUCAUGUCUGUCAGCUUCAGACUUAUUUCCUCUCUUAUUGGUUUACAAGGGAGCUCUGUGAUGGUUAAAGUUGGAAAGGUUCAGCCACAAAAAAGACAACUUGACUGCAUUCAAAAUGUACAAAAUAUUUCAUUUCCUUGGCUUUAAAGAUGAAAGGAAAGGAUAUAUUUUCGCAAACAUGAAUGCAGCUCAAUUCCAAUGGGACCUCAGUAAUCGAAACAUACCUGUAGGCUUGAAAUGAAAAGGAGGGAGUAUACUCAGCAGAAAGUUAAUCUGAGGGGGAAUCUGGACUCAAAGGAAGGCUUAAGAACACAGAAGAUCCAUACAUCUAUUUCUCCUGUGCAUCAUUGUUAAUGACGGGUGUUUCUGCACUGAGCGAAAACUUUAACCAAAUGACUUCCAUUGCAUGUGAAACUGGCCUGCAAGUCCACAUAUUGAGUCACCUUUUCUUUAGUUUUUUUCUGUUGAAUGUGAAAAGGGGUAUGCCGUUGAUUCACUUUAACUUGUGCUCUGUGAAAUAAGCAAUCGCUUAGAUUUAUUUGCAAAAACUGUCUUAUUUUGUACUGUUAAGUCAUCUCAUGCUGAUGUCAGUUCUGCUGCACUAGUUUGUUGCAAAUCAAGCCAGGGAUCUCAUUUAGAUUUGCUAAAUGUAUCUAUCAGAUUUUGCCAAUUUGUGCGAGGCAAACUAAAAUCAAGGGCACCCGACAAGUAAUGUUCUAUUCUUCUCAUGUAUUUGCACAUCAAAGUAAAUGGCUUUUGGAGUAAUAGCCAAGUUUUUACUCUUAUUCCAAGGAUAAUUCUAAACCCAUUUGACAAAAUUCUGCAUUUCUUCUGUUACGCGUACAACAUUUGCCAGUCCCUUAGGGGAUUUAUAGAAGUAAGUGAGUUGACCUCGACUCUGACAGAGUCCACUGUGAAGGCAGGCAGAGAAAAUAGGGAGCAACUGUUAAGUGAAGGGAGUUUGAUUAAAAAUGUUUAGAUAAGCUUUUAGUGAAGGAUUACCCGCUUCUUUCCUUCUCUGUGACCAGACCUGAUGCAACUGGAUAAUCUGUAAAUUAAAAUAAAAUGUUUCAGUUUGCUCUUGAGUUUUUGGAAAGAACAA